CUUUGCUUCAAGACUCGUGAUCCAAGAUGAUUGUGAUUCUCUGCCCGGUAGCGACUUAAUAGUAGGGGCACGAGACUCGGCUUUUGCGGGGUCCCCGCAAGGUGAGUCGAUGGACAUACUCAGAUGCAAGCUGGGUGAACCGUUUCGUAGUUUACUUAAGACAGCGGAUGCCGUUGAAAUACGUGAGGGCCGGCUCUUAAAAGCAUCAUUUGUCUUCUUCACCCACGCCCAUUGGUGUGGAUAGUUGACUUCUCUUGUCGCUCUGACCUGUGAGAAAAUGGCGGCCGUCCUGGACCUUGAUCGCCAGAAGAGCGGAAAGCCCGAACACAUCGAACAAGUCGCUGAUGACGUUCUCCUCAACGAAAAGGUAGACCAGUUUGGAGCCCAUGCGAAAACCGACCCAGUUGAGAUCAAACUGGUGAGAAAGCUGGACCUGUACAUCUUACCCACGUUAUGGUUAAUGUACUUCUUCAACUUCCUGGACCGAAAUGCCAUGAUAAACGGAAAACUCGAUGGCCUAGACAGGGACCUUAAUAUGAAGGGAUACGAAUAUAACACUUGCGUGUCUAUUUUGUUCGUGGGCUAUCUAACGGGACAGGUUCCAUCUAACAUGCUCCUCAACCGCGUACGCCCGUCGCUCUUCAUGGCUGGGUUCAUGACAGCUUGGUCUAUUACGACGCUGUGCACUUUUCUCGUACAUGAUUAUACUUCGAUGUUGAUCGCCCGAUUGAUCUUGGGUAUUGUUGAGUCCCCGUUCUAUCCUGGUGCGUUGUACAUGCUGAGCUUGUUCUACACACGAAAGGAGAUCGCUACACGGAUGUCCAUUUUCUAUACUGGAAAUUUGGCUGCAAGUGCAUUCUCUGGAUUGAUAUCCGCUCCCAUUUUCUCGGGGUUAGGGGGUGCGCGGGGCCUCCCGGGUUGGAAAUGGAUGUUUAUAAUCCAGGGGGCGCUGUCCAUGGUGGUAGCAAUCGCUGGCUUCUUCCUCUUGCCCGAUGCACCCCUGAAAACUCAGUGGCUUACUCCCGAGGAACGGCAUCUUGCACACGAUCGUAUUGCCAGGGAUACUACCGGAAGACGAGAGGGAGGAACAAGCGUGAUGAAGGGGUUGAAAGAGGCCGUCGUCGACUAUCGAACGUGGAUAUUCUGUCUGAUGGACAACCUUCAUAUCAGUGCGAGCGGCUUCAAGAAUUUCUUGCCGACUGUCGUUAAGAGCCUCGGGUUAGACACCACCACGGCUCUGGUUCUCACUUGUCCGCCCUACAUCUUUGCGGCCUUUGUUGCCAUCAUCCUCUCAUGGUCCAGUGGAAGAUUCAAUGAGCGAACUUGGCAUAUUACUCUAUCCAAAGCGGUUGCCAUCGUUGGAUUUGCCAUCAGCUUGGCGACGCUCAACACGGCCGCCCGCUACGUAGGAAUUAUGCUACUUGUAGGCGCUACACAUGGUGUUCACAAUAUCAUCCUCGGUUGGACUUCCAGUGUUCUGGGCCAGUCGGACGAGAAGAAAGCUGUCGCGAUUGCGAUGUGCAACACCUUCGGCAACUUGGCGUCGGUUUAUACGCCGUACCUGUGGCCCGACACUGACGCGCCCCAGUUUGUCAAGGCCAUGUCGGGGUCGAUCGGCUUCUCGGCGGGAGUCAUCAUCUGCGCUUGGUGUCUGAAGAUCGCGCUGAUCAGAUUGAAUAACAGAAUCCGCCGAGAUGACCCGGCGGCAUCGAACUUCUACGUCCACUAAUUUGUCGCCUGAUUGGAUUUACGACGAGACAACGAGACGACGACUUGAAUGCCGGAAUGAAUGUGUUUCAUCUCUUCUUUCUUUUCUAACCCGGGACGGCUUCGAUAUUCAGGAUGUGAUUUUAGGUCCCCGCUCUAGUUGCACAGGGAUAAUAUUACAACGAUCCUAGAGAUGCGGAUAGGACAAUAACAAAAGCGACUCCUUGUCAGAUGCUAGCUUCGUAGGGCUGUCAAUUCUAUGCGUAAAUGAAAUACAUGGGCUGUUUCUUGUUCUUUAACAA